GUGGAGCGCCGAGUCAUCGAGCGGCGCGAGAGUAGCGGAAGCCUGGGGGUGCGCUUGCCCGGGCCUGCUGUGUAGGCCGGCUGGACGCUCGCCUGCUGAGUGCUGAGGUGGCGCCGGAGGGGACGAACCGGGCGAGGGCCACGAGUCAGUUGAUGAUUCACGAGCAUCGUGUCAGACUCCGACACCUCCCGCUGCCGCUGUGGGCCUUGCGCUGUGUGUGAUCCCGGAGCUGUCAGGCUCAGCGUGCGGGUGAAUGGGGACCGGGGCGUGCAGAGGAACUCUAUUUUAAGAAACUCUCAACUAAAAAAAAGCAAGUCAUGGAGAAGAAUGGGAAUAACCGAAAGCUUCGGGUUUGCGUCGCUACCUGCAACCGCGCAGAUUACUCCAAACUGGCCCCAAUCAUGUUUGGGAUUAAGACAGAGCCUGCCUUCUUUGAGCUGGAUGUGGUGGUCCUGGGCUCUCACCUGAUAGACGACUAUGGAAACACGUAUCGCAUGAUUGAGCAAGAUGACUUUGACAUUAACACCAGGCUACACACAAUCGUUAGAGGGGAAGAUGAAGCAGCCAUGGUAGAGUCAGUAGGCCUAGCUCUAGUGAAGCUCCCAGAUGUCCUUAAUCGCCUGAAGCCUGACAUCAUGAUUGUUCACGGAGACCGAUUUGAUGCCCUUGCCCUGGCUACAUCUGCUGCCUUGAUGAAUAUCCGAAUCCUUCACAUUGAAGGAGGAGAGGUCAGUGGGACUAUUGAUGACUCUAUCAGACAUGCCAUAACAAAACUGGCUCAUUACCACGUGUGCUGCACCAGAAGUGCAGAACAGCACCUGAUAUCCAUGUGUGAGGACCACGACCGCAUCCUUUUGGCAGGCUGCCCUUCCUAUGACAAACUGCUCUCAGCCAAGAAUAAAGACUAUAUGAGCAUCAUUCGGAUGUGGCUAGGUGAUGAUGUAAAAUGUAAAGACUACAUUGUUGCACUGCAGCAUCCCGUGACCACUGACAUUAAGCAUUCCAUAAAGAUGUUUGAAUUAACACUGGACGCACUCAUCUCAUUUAACAAGAGGACCCUAGUUCUGUUUCCAAAUAUCGAUGCAGGGAGCAAGGAGAUGGUUCGAGUGAUGCGGAAGAAGGGCAUUGAGCAUCAUCCCAAUUUUCGUGCAGUCAAGCAUGUCCCAUUUGACCAGUUUAUACAGCUGGUUGCCCAUGCUGGUUGUAUGAUUGGCAAUAGCAGCUGUGGAGUUCGAGAGGUUGGCGCUUUUGGAACACCUGUGAUCAAUCUGGGAACACGCCAGAUCGGGAGAGAAACAGGGGAGAAUGUUCUUCAUGUGCGGGAUGCUGAUACCCAAGAUAAAAUAUUACAAGCGCUCCACCUUCAGUUUGGUAAACAGUACCCCUGCUCAAAGAUAUAUGGGGAUGGAAAUGCUGUUCCAAGGAUUUUAAAGUUUCUCAAAUCUAUUGACCUCCAAGAGCCACUUCAGAAGAAAUUCUGCUUCCCUCCUGUGAAGGAGAACAUCUCUCAAGAUAUUGACCAUAUUCUUGAAACCCUGAGUGCCUUGGCUGUUGAUCUUGGGGGAACAAAUCUCAGAGUGGCGAUAGUUAGCAUGAAGGGUGAAAUAGUUAAGAAGUACACUCAGUUCAAUCCGAAAACCUAUGAAGAGAGGAUUAGUUUAAUCCUGCAGAUGUGUGUGGAAGCUGCAGCAGAGGCUGUGAAACUCAACUGCAGAAUUCUGGGAGUAGGCAUUUCCACAGGUGGCCGUGUGAAUCCCCAGGAAGGAAUUGUGCUGCAUUCAACCAAACUGAUACAGGAAUGGAACUCUGUGGACCUCAGAACACCCCUCUCUGACACCUUACAUCUCCCUGUGUGGGUGGACAAUGAUGGCAACUGUGCUGCCAUGGCAGAAAGGAAGUUUGGCCAAGGAAAAGGACAAGAAAACUUUGUGACACUCAUCACAGGGACAGGGAUUGGUGGCGGGAUCAUCCACCAGCAUGAGCUGAUCCAUGGCAGCUCCUUCUGUGCGGCAGAGCUUGGCCACCUCGUGGUGUCUCUGGAUGGGCCUGACUGCUCCUGUGGGAGCCACGGCUGUAUUGAAGCAUACGCCUCUGGGAUGGCCUUGCAGAGGGAAGCAAAGAAGCUCCACGAUGAGGAUCUGCUCUUGGUGGAAGGGAUGUCAGUGCCAAAAGACGAACCUGUGGGUGCCCUCCAUCUCAUCCAGGCCGCCAAGCUUGGCAACGUGAAGGCCCAGAGCAUCCUACGAACAGCUGGAACUGCUUUGGGACUUGGGGUUGUGAACAUACUCCACACUAUGAAUCCUUCCCUGGUGAUCCUGUCUGGAGUUCUGGCCAGUCACUACAUCCACAUCGUCAAGGAUGUCAUCCGCCAGCAAGCCUUGUCCUCCGUGCAGGAUGUGGACGUCGUGGUUUCAGACUUGGUUGACCCUGCCCUGCUUGGUGCUGCCAGCAUGGUUCUGGACUACACAACCCGCAGGAUCCACUAGGCUCCUGGGAGUGGACAUGGACUGAGACCCAAGAGCUACUUAGAUCAGUACUUCAGAGGCAAAUUUGGGGGGCUGCUGAGAUGGCUCAGUGGUUAAGAGCCUGAACUGCUCUUGCAGAAUAAAACCCCAGUUUAGUUCCCAGCACUCAUGUCAGGCAGCUCAACCGCCUGAAAGCCAAGCUCCAGCGGAUCCUAUGCCUAAGCCGCCUAGGGCAUCUGCACUCAAAUGUACAUAGCCCUCCCCCCUGAACACAUUGAACACAUAAUUAAAAAUAAAUCUUAUUUUUUAAAAGGCAAAA